AUGUCGACUCGAGGAACGUUUAUCUUUCCUUUCCAUGUUCGUUUCGGAAACGGCGAUGAGGAAAAUGCUGACGGGUCCGACGGUGUGCUCAUGAUGCACGUAAUCGGUUUGGUGAAGAAGGACACUAACAAAAAUCGUUUUGGAAUAGAACACCACUCGGUCACUUGGGAAACCUCAAUUUUCUUAACGUGUCAGCAGGAGUUUUUGGUUAAUUAUGUAGAACCGCUCUAUCCGAACGUAUUUAUAUAUCCCAUUACCGCUGCAAUGAACGACGAACAGGACCAAUACAAAACCAUCAACGGCAACUUGAUUAAUUUUAUUGUCAAUGGAAAAGAGUGCUCUCCCCAGUGGCCCGUUUGGCGGGUCGAUACAAUAUCAGUGAAAGAAUAUUCAGAGCUGAAGGCUUACCUAAAACGAAACGUGCCCCAUAGGACAGAUUUUCACCUUAUUGAUGUGGAUUCUUUUCAACGGCUUUAUUUCGAAACGUGGUUGACGAAAAAGGUUAAGCUGUCAAUGGCAUCCUGGUUCUACUUGACCAAUUCGAAUAUUCGAAAUGUAACUAUCGAAGAAGCUCAACUUGAAAAUUUACCGUCAAACAUCCUCGAUGAAUUUGCUUUAAUCAGUUGGGAUAUCGAAGCGGUCUGCAGUUCACUUUACCAGUUUCCAAAGGGAUUUACGACGACUGAAAAAAUUUCGUCGGUUUUAGCUCCGACCAAUUUUACACCGUCAAAAGAAUGGGACAGUGAAGUCAUCAAAUAUUAUCGAUCCCUAGCCGGCGAACAAAAAACAUCGAUCUUCAUCGACUGGUUCUUUGAUGAGUAUGAUUUAAUCAUGAACUUAGUUGGACGAAUGUUGCACGGAAAGUUCGUGGCGUCGCUCACCAAAAACUGUACAACACCUACAAUUUAUAUGGGUUAUAACAUGAACAACUUUGAUUUCAAUUAUCUAGCGGCUCGAUUGUUUUCUCACAGGAACAAGUCGCCACACACGCUAACUAUAAUCGAUUCAAUUUACGACUUUUUCCAUGGCUCGUAUAAAAAAUCCUUCAUCAUCGAUUUAUACGAGGUCGUUCAGAGUAAAUACAAGACGCUACCCUCGUUCAAAUUAAACUUUGUAGCAAAUCAUUUUUUAGGUGAAGGCAAAGCCGAUAUGGACUCGGUCCAAAUUCGUCAUCUCUAUUACGAUUUGGGAAAACAACUACCCGAAUUGUUGGACUUGAAUUUUGAAGUCGAAUCAGUAAACGAGGUACCUAAAUUGUUUUAUAUUCUACAUUACAACAUCACCGAUUGCCUGCUAUUGCACAAAUUAAUCAGGACCGUUCAUGCACUGGACUACGUAUUGCUUUAUCAAGAGAACUUUUGCUGCGACGGAUUUCGAGCGUUAACCGGUGGCCAAACAUAUCUAAUGAGCAAGGGAAUUGAAAAGUUUUUCUUUGAUCAGAAGUACUUUAUCAAAUCUAAUCUUAAUCCGAUAAUAUUUUGGGAGGACCGCAUUAAAGACUUGGAGGACGUGGAAACAAAAGUGAUUGACUAUGAAAAACGUCUUGCCGACGCGUUAGCUCAAUCCGUGGACAUUCGAUCGGACACCAUCACGGUGAAAAAGUACAAAGGUGCCGCCAACGGGGCUAUUUCGGGGAUAUGGCGUAAUGUGAAAUGCGGUGAUUUUGCCGCAAUGUAUCCAUCUACCAGUAUAGCCUUUUCGAUUUCAAUAGAAAACGUAAUGUAUAUGUACGUGUCGGAAAUACUGAGCGUUUUAGACCGAUUGAAGUACUUUGAACGCUCGCUAGUAUUUAAAGUGUAUAACGAUGAGAACGUCUUACAAACAAUUCUCAUGGGCACGCCGAAUUUUAUGGAAGUUGGGUUAAAUGAAAUAACGAGCCUCUCACCCAGUACACUAAUAAUGGUAAUUGCGAAAUUCAAGUACACGCCGCUCAAGGAACUCUUUCUUUUUUUCUUGGGUCAACGCAAAAAAUAUAAACUUUCGGGUGAAAAGAGCUCAGAAAUAUUAUGGAAGACUGCCGCCAAUUCACUUUACGGAUAUUUGGGAGCCGAACAGGCUACGUAUCGAUCGUACGCAGCAGCGGCCAGUAUCACUUGGCAUUGCCGCGAAUUGAUUUACCUCGUAUGUAAACAGAGCCAAGAACUAUACAAGGCGCUUCCCGUAUACAUCGACACCGAUGGGGUGAUGAUGCACCUGCCACCCGGAAAAACAAUAUCCAGUAAAAACUUUUGCAGUUCGAUCACGCGAGCAAUUGAUACUGAACAUAUUGUAUUUGAAGACGAAGGUGACGUUCCACUAUGCAUCGUGAUCGGAAAAAAAAAGUAUGUGCGCUUUAAUAACGCCUCCGACUUUUCACUGAAAGGAAUGGAAAAGAAUGCACCUCUCAUUAUUAAACAAAUCUUUAAUCUAUUAUGCAUCGCAGUGUGGCGUGCCUCGACAUUGCACACUUUCGAGGCCUAUUCCAAUAAGCCCGAUCGAAACAGCCUAUUGGUAGCGAUCUUUGACUAUAUUCUCGCUCAAAGUCAGAAUGAACUUUAUGUAAAAAUCAUCAUCAAUUCGAAACGUAAACCGGUGCUAUAUCAAGAAUUUGUAACAAACGCUUUGAACAUGGGCGAAACUGAUGGGACCAAAUAUUCGGUGCUUGUAGUCCACAUUAGAGGCGAGGCAAUCGAUUUGGACCAAGUUAAAAUUGUACCCGUUCACGAAUAUAAUCGGGAUCUUCAUAUAGUUUCUUGCUAUCAUUUUACUCUCAAUUAUUUACAGUAUAUGUGGCAAGUGGUAUGCGGCGAUAACGAAUCGUUGCCAAAAACGUGUUGGAUUGAACCGUUGGCCUAUGUUCUAAAGAGACGCGGCCUGGUCCAGCAAGUUUUUCAUCGCGGUAAACUAGUGGAAGACAUUGAGUUUGAUCAACGAUAUUCGCAAAUAUUUACGUCCGAGGGACAAACCGUCGAUUUCAAUCCGCAGCCGAUCGACAAUGACAAAUUUGCACGCGCAAAGUUUUAA